CCUCUCUCUCUCUCUCGAGAACACAGAAUGAGCAACAAAGACGACAUCACUAAGUGCUCUCCGGCCCCGAUCUCCAGCUUUACCAUCCAGUCCAUCCUUGGGACCACGUCGGAGAAGGGACGCGCGGGGGCCAAAGACACUGCCAGAGUGAACGCGAGGAAACCCUGUGCGUCCGAGUCGUCGGACGACGAGUUAACCGACGAGGGGUACCGGGACCGAGGCUGUUUGUGCUCCGACUCGGCUCACACACAGCCCUGCCGCAGGCACCAGGCCAUCAGCUACACUUGUGUGAGUAAAAGGCAGUGCCCGUACCCGUCGCGGGAUGGACAGGUCCACCUGGAACCGAAGGAGACGACGACGACGACGACGACCACCUCCUCCUCCUCCUCCUGUAGCAGCAGCCCGACCGCGGCCGAGAGGCAGAGGGAGGGGGGGGACCGGCAGGGGCUGAACCCGGCCAAGAAGAAGACCCGCACCGUCUUCUCCCGGAGCCAAGUGUACCAACUGGAGUCCACCUUCGACAUGAAGCGCUACCUGAGCAGCUCGGAGAGAGCGUGUCUGGCCACCAGCCUCCAGCUGACCGAGACCCAGGUCAAGACCUGGUUCCAGAACCGCAGGAACAAGUGGAAGCGGCAGCUGUCGGCCGAGCUGGAGGCCGCCAACAUGGCCCACGCCUCGGCCCAGACUCUGGUGGGAAUGCCGCUGGUUUUCCGGGACAGUUCGCUGCUGCGGGUACCCGUUCCCAGGUCGCUCGCCUUCCCAACUCACCUGUACUAUCCCGGGAGCAAUCUCACAUCCCUACCCCUCUACAAUCUCUACAACAAGAUUGAAUACUGACCC